CCGAAGUUGGAUCACUUACGACCACUGGCAUGUAUUGGCAUCCCAACUUGGCCCCAUUUAUUGGUUUUUGUUACGAGGGCAUGCUAGGUUUGGCGCGCGUCCCCUGUCUGAUAACUCCGUUCUAUGAGAACGGGUCUAUCAUGGAGUACAUCAGAAAAAAAGAUAUCAAGCCUCAGGAUGCUGUGCGGAUGAAAUUGCUUUACGAUGUUUUAAAUGGAUUAAAUGAACUGCAUGACCAGGGUAUCGUUCAUGGCAACCUCAAACCCACAAAUAUUCUCAUUGACUAUCAAGGCAAUGCAGUGUUAGUGGAAUUCGGGCUCACUCCGAUGCCCUGGACUCUGAGGGAAAGACACAGCAAGUGGGAUUCGGACUGCUACUUGGCGCCCGAGUUGCUGUCAAUAACGCCAACGCCAACGCCAACGCCAACAUUUUCAUCAGACGUCUGGGCAACAGGGAUGGUGGGUCUACAGAUUCUCUCUGAAAAUAUCUCGGAUGUGGAAUACGAAAACUUGAACAUUGGCCCAUGGCUAGUCAUCGAUGCGUUGUUGGCUGAAAAAAAACCCGAGAAGGCGCAUUACCCUCACGUUCCGGAAGGUGCAUGGUCUGCAUUUUUGCUUUGUUGGGCUAUGGAACCGAUCACACGACCAACUGUGGCGACAUUGAAGGACUUGGACCUGGCUCGGAGCGAAGAUAUCAUGAUGUAUUUGUUUUGGCUUGUUGAAUUCCAAAGCUUGUGACCAUUUUCGGUUGCAUGGUUGAUUACCAAAUUGAAAGAGUGGCCCGUGCACUUGUUGUUUGUAUAAAAGGACGUUGUGAAUAUUAUGGAUCCUUACCACUCUGGCCUUUUGGCUUAGAUCAAGUGUAGUAUCUGUUCUUAAUAGUUUAACCACUAUUAUGAGGGCACCGCCCUCAUUCUUUGGUUAUCAAAUUUUUGCCGCCCUUGUUUCUUCGAGCUCUGCUUGCAACUCGGAGGACAUGAUGACCUUGCUGCUGCACUAUCGGCUUGCGUCGUCGGGGGAUUUCUUUUUCGGGAUAUGAUUUCUCUUUGCUCUGUAACUACUGCAUGGUCUCUCGACUGUUCAUGGUGCUUGGCAAACAGAAUUUAUCCUCACAAAUAC